AUGCUCACUCUCCUCAAUCUCUUGAUUGAUCUCUUCACCCUCUUCUAUGUUCACCCAAUUUCAAACUCUCCUUGCUUCACUCUCACUACUGAAGGAUCAUUCCUCUUUUGGUUCUCCUUUCUUCCCUCACCCUCUCAACCUCUUCCUCAUGUCCUCCUUGGUUUGUGUUUGAGUAUCCUCCUUGCUCCUCUUAUCAUCUCCCUCCUUGUGAACGCUGGCUUGCUUCCUUCACCUCUCAACAUCUUAGAUUGUCCUGAAAUGCAUCAAAAUUACAAAGAAUUAGAGUUGUAA